CUCUGCGCAUACUCGCAGAUAAAUACAGCCAGUGGACGAUGCCUUUAUCAGUGUUUCGUUAGCAACUAAGCAGUGAAGAUCGCGAGUUUGAGCGAAUUUAACGAAAUUUCAUUGAACAAGAAUAUCCUGUUACAUACCUUGGUACAUUACCACUAAUCAAGCUAAAUCAUCGCAAAAUGUCUUUGACACCAUUGCUGUUUUCUGACUGGUGGGAAACUUUGGAUCGCCCGCACAGUCUGCCACAUCAAAAUUUCGGAUUGGGUCUCUAUCCGGAACAAUUAAUAACGCCAAAUCGAGUGGGAUUAUGUCUACAACCACGGAAAAGGAAUGCUUACCUUAGCAGACCAUUGGCUGAACUAUUCCAUAACAACGAUAGAGGCACCUCGACUAUUCAAGCAGAUAAGGACAAGUUCCAAGUCAUGCUCGAUGUUCAACAAUUUGAACCAAACGAAAUUGACGUUGAGGUUGUCGACAACUUUGUCAUCGUUACCGCAAAACAUGAAGAGAAGCGCGACGAACAUGGUUGGAUUUCUCGUGAAUUUGUUAGAAAAUAUCUGAUUCCGGAACAAUGUGACAUCGAUCUAGUCACAUUGUAUUUAUCGGCAGAUGGUGUCCUUAGUAUUAACGUUCCAAGAAAGGAACAAAAAAUUGUAGAAAACGAACGAGUAAUAAAGAUAGAACAGACUGGUAAGCCAGCAAUGCAAAUGAAGCCACUAAAGUGGCAACAACAGAAGCAAACUGAAGAAAAAGAAGAGAAUUAAAAGUUCCAUUAUUAUCAUAUUCUACCUCUAAUGGUAAAGUUCUAACAUUUAUUAUAUUUCCUAUUUAGUAUAACAAUCGUGUAUUUAUCGUUCGAUAUAAACUAUAACGAACAACAUUGUUAUACUCUAGUCGUUGCAUUUACAUUAAUUAUUAUAUUAAUAACUUAUAACUUAUAACUUAACUUAUAUUAAUAAUAUAAGUUAUUAAUAGCUAAUUAUGUUAAUAAGUAUUACUAGUAUGUACUUCAUUUUCGUUUUGUAAACACGUGAAUACGAAUUAUCUGCGAGUAUGUAAAAUUUAUAUAUUUUUUUUGUUAAUAAAUUUGUAAGUAAAUAGUA